GCCGCCAGUUGACGUCGGUCCGCCUUGACUCGCGCACGGUGUCUGUGCUGUGUAAAACACUAAAAACACGGCGUCAGCAUUGAAAAAAAACAAGAAAAACCAACAAAAAUUACAAAACUGUGCGAAAAACCAUCAAAUUCUUCAAAAAAAUCGCCCGAAAAAUUAUUAAGGAUACAUGUAAUCAUAAAGUGCAUACCAAGUGGCAUCUCCCAAUACAAAAUCAAUCAUCGCAGCAUGUGUUUUAUUUCUUUCUUAUUAUAAUUAUUUGUUGAAUUUUGUUGUUUUGCAAUAAUUUCAAGCGUUUUUGCUCGCAAUAAAAUUUUAAUUUAGUGUUUACCUUGAAACCGCGCUGCUAUCUAGCAUUUCUCGUCUAAUUUCCCAAACGUUUCAUACCUUACAUAACCAACGCAGUUGAAAAUCGCGUCGUGUGGCGAUCGAAUGUGCGUUACAUAUUCAUUCUACUCGUAAGAUUCACGCUUACGCAUCGUCGGCCUUCAGUGCGCUAAUCGUCGUUUAAACAAAUCCAUCGUGAGACUUGCGAGUUGUGGUCACACGUGCGCAACAUAAAUUACCACCCAAGAAAAAAGUGUGCAUUCAUUGCUUAUUUGGAUCGGAAAAAAAUAAAAUAAAAAAAUUGUUUGGUUUGUGGUUGAAUUCGAAAUGGAUGAUGAGUAAAACGGAUGUGCACGAAAUAAGGAGAUAAUUCAUAAUCGCUGUAUGUGUAAUCAGCCGAAUCCAAAUCGGAAACGUACCUCACUCAACCAAUGCCAGUGGUGAUGACAUAAUGUUCUAAAACGCGUGCUGUGUGCAGUUCUUUCGACGCCUGGUACUCUCGUGAGUGUUGUGUGUGUGUGUGGGUGUGUGUGGGUGGGACAAUUUGGAAAAUAAUGGGUUGCAAAUUGGGGAAGUUGGCGCGCAGUGGAGGUGGCGGCGGUGCGGGCGGCACGUCCAAGCAGGAAGAGCCGCCGCCGCCGGCACCGUGCGACCCGCGGCUGCCGCUCACCGCCAGACAGAAGUACAACAUUGCUGCCUCGUGGAAGGGCAUCUCAAGGGCGAUGGAAUCCACAGGGGUCUUAAUGUUUCUCAAAUUGUUCGAAGAGCACGCCGAGCUCCUGGAACUGUUUGAGAAGUUCCGCGACAUGCGCACGAAGGAGGACCAAGCAAAUAGUCUCGAACUGGCUGAACACGCCGGCACGGUGAUGAACACCCUCGACGAGGGUAUUCGCGGCAUGAGCAGCGAGAACCUCGACUCAUUCUUCGACUAUCUGCAUCAGAUCGGCGCCUCGCAUCGGAAAAUACCCGGCUUUCACGUCGAAUAUUUCUGGAAAAUCGAAAAACCUUUCCUGGAAGCCGUGAAGACAACUCUCGGCGACCGCUACACCGAAAACGUCGAGAACAUCUAUCAGAUAACGAUAAAGUUCAUGAUCGAGACACUAGUGACCGGCUACAAUAAUGCAAACGCGGGUGCGUGAAGCUAACUCCCAAACCCGCAGCAUACAAAUGGCGUCGUGCGUAUCACAACGCCCUCUACAGACGACCAGCUGACGCAUUGUACCUCCCAUAGUACACACGCAGCGGCCGCGCAUUGUAAAUAAAAUAGAACACAAUUACACUGAAAUUAUUGUAAACAUGAAAUAUACAAAACCAAACAACAACACGGAACAAGAAAGUAUUUAUUUUGUAUAAAAGCAAUUUGUCGACUGAAAACUUAAAAAAAAAAAAAACGAACUCGAUACAAUUAUAAGAGCUCUAGGCUUUAUAUAGCUAAACAAAACACAACUAAAAAUAAAUAUUUAAUGUACCUUUACGAAUAUAUAAGAAUAUAUAUAUAUAUACAUAUACAAUUUGCUAAAUGUAACUUUAAUGUACAUAUUUAUUAUUUACGUCUAGUCGACGAAUGAAUGAUUGUUACGACUGGAAUGAUAACACACUGCACCAAAACCAAAAAAUUGCAACUCCAGAAAAUUCGAGAUUCCAUAAGAAAUUAUCAUAAAUGUAUUUCGUUGAAUUCUCCAUCGAUGUGUUUGUUUAAUUGAAUCAUUAGACGUGUAGGUAAAGAAUGACAUGAUUGUUGUGUAGUUUGCUAAAACUAAGACUAAGAGAAUCACGUGUUGUGUUAUAUUCGUUAGAAAUUCGGUAAAAAACCUAAAAAAAACAACAAAAACACUUUUAAACAAGGGGAAAACGUUAAGCUUCAUAAUGAAAUUACACGCAAAACUUAAAACGCAAUGCAAACUGUUAAGUAACGAGCACGGGUUGCAGUUAUUGCGCCAGUAACGCCAUCUAUCGGCGAACGGCUUAUAAUAACUGCAAAUUGUGCUCAAAUGUAUGUAAUUAACUAAUUUAUGUAAUAAAAAUAAAUAUAUUUAUGUUUUUCGUAAUAAACAAAUGGAAAAAAGCAUUCGUUCGUGUGAGAAACCAAAAAAAAAAAAAAGAAAUAUUAUACGAUAAAUACAAGUAAUAACAAUAUGAUACUUUACAAUGUAAUCGGUAUCGUAUUCGAGCGCGGUAUAAUUGCAUCAAUUGUGUACAUUUAUUUGUUUAUAAUCGUAUACCUAAUACUCGUGUUUGUAUUAUGUAGGCGGACAAACAGCGCACGCGCAAAUUUCAAUUGGUAUUGUGUAAACGUGUACCUAAUAUCAUAUAUAGGUGGCAGCAGUGGGUACGUGAAAAGAUUUUACAUGCACCGUGAUAAUUGUUGUAAUUAUCGUUGGUCAAUUGAUUGUCAAUUUAUACAAAAUUAGAAACUCUGUAAAAUUAUUCCUAAAAAUUCCCAAAAAAAAUUAAUUUUAUGAUUUUUUAACCUAACUUUUUAACCUUCAAACCUAAAACAUGAUUUCUCUGCGAUUAUCACUGCCUGUUUUGGUUUUAUUCAGAAAUUUAUCUUUAAAAAUAUGAUUUUAAAGCUUAUUGUACAUAAAAAAUGGAAUUAAUGUAUCAGCAGAAAGAAUAACAAUGUUUAGCUUUGUGUACAAUAGUUAACGUUUAGUAACAGUCGAGAAACAAUGCGCUAAAGGAAAGAUAAACACAAAUUAAACGUUUGUUAAUGAAUAAUGAUAAAUUAUGGUUGAUGAGCGGUCGUAACGUGCAGAAACAGAAACAAAACGUAGUAUUUUGUUUAUAAACUACAAAAAUAUCUAGAAAAAAACAAGUUUUCUUUGAUUAUUUGUUUAAAUACACGUCGUAACACACAUCACACACAUUUAUAACACUUAAACAUGAAACAAGGUAUAAAAUCGAUGAAAACGCAAAUGUUUGGCAUUAUUAUUGUUAUUUGUGAACUGAGAUGAGUAUAUAAUCUAAAUAGACGUAAAGGAUAAUUAUUAUAA